AUGCGAAGCUAUUUGCGAGUCCCGAGCACACUUCUGUCCAUCAAAAAUAGGUUGUCGCAAACCAAGUUCGCUUUCCGUCGUUCCUCCGAUGUCUGUUCAUUCAAUUCUCAGCGUUCCGCUUCCUGUGUAACCCAUAUAGAGUCUAGAGUCUCAGGCGCGACCCUUCGUGAGCGGAGGCCAAGCUUUGUAGUAGCAAACCGAUUGGGUUCACCCAUUUGCUAUUCGACGAGAUUCGAACCAAUUCUUGGAUUGCCGGUUUCUGUUGUCGGAGAGGACGACCCAAAGGAUACAAUUGAGGACCCCGAUUACGGCGGACGCCAUGGAUUGCUCCCACAAGACUCGGACUACAAUGGCUUAGGCAAACGGCUUGUUCAGUCUCCGCUCGAGACCAUACGUGCUGAAUUUGAGAAACACAAACUUGUGACAGUGGUGACCCACUCCUUGAUUCUGGAAACUGUGGUCAUCUAUUCAAUCAAGUGCCAUGUCCAUGUUACCGGCAAACCCGUGUUUGCAAACUGCAACGGCAGGACGGAGGAAGAGGCGGCACGCAAGGCUGCCCUACUCAUCGUGCAAAAAAUGCACACGCGUGGUACAUUGCAAACCUUGAAUCGCUUGAGAGAGAGCGGCAGCCUCGAGCUCGUAAUGAGCACAAACCUACUCGCUACCAUACGCAGCACCCUACCGAAUCUAAUGCGCGUAGGACAAACUCCCGUCGAGAGAAGGCGUUGGUUCCUCCCUAGGACACUUGCAAGAAGUCCAACUGAAGCUGCAGGGAUGCACAAGCAGCUCUCGGACCAACAGCGUCAGGUGGCCGAUCUGCCAAUCAACGCCAUGAAGGAUCAGAUCCUUGACAUGAUCCAGAACAGCACAUACAGCAUCAUUGUCGCGGAGGCUGGUGCUGGGAAGUCGAGCCAGCUGCCCCAAAUGCUGCUCGAUCAUGCAAUUGCAGGGUCAGCCGCGGAUUGCAAAAUCUUCUGUGUACAGCCAUAUCGAAUUGCCGCGUCUUCGCUUGCUCGACGGGUUGCCAGUGAGAGGGGCGAAGAACUUGGACAGAGCAUUGAAUACAAAAUCCAAAUUGAUGACCAUCUUGGUAAACUCGGAGUACCUAUCACGUAUUGCACAGCCGGUGCUCUGUUACAGCAAUUGCAGCUUGCACCCUCCCUUCUUGAUUCGGUAUCAUACAUUAUUCUGGAUGAAGUUCAUGAACGAACCAUUGAUAUUGACCUUACAAUGUUCUUUUUAAGGAAACUUAUCGAUGAGCGCCGGAUAAGGAAAACUCACACGCCGAAGGUUGUGAUUAUGAGUGCGACUCCAGACACUGAUCGCAUUGCUUCUUAUUUCGGGGAGUCAAGAAAAGGUCAUGUUGUACGAGUGCCUUACCUUUACAUCCCGAGCUCCAGUCACUUAGCUAAGAAGCAAUACCUUGAUGACUUAUUACCAUCUUUACAAAAUAUGUAUCCGGAAAGCAUAUCAUCCCCGUACCUUCAAGAGCACAAGACGCGGACCUACCUCGGACGCCAUUACUUUCAGUCUAAGAAAAAGAAAAUGGUUCGCAACUUGAAUCCAACCAAGUCUGAUCUAACGUCCCUCGAGGAUGACCAUUUUGUACCUAUAGGCUUGGUAUGCCUGACAAUCAGCUAUGUAUUGUCCACUACCGACAAAGGCGCCAUCCUGGUUUUUCUCCCAGGUCUGCCGCAUAUCACCGAAGUUCACAGGACUCUUCGACAAUACGGCAAAGGGCUUGGGAUUGAUUUUGCCGAUCCAGGAAAAAUUGAGAUCCUGCGACUGUAUUCCAAUCUUCCGGAUAGCUAUGACGACGUUUUCAGUGAGAGCCGGCCAGGGUGCCGGCGGAUCAUCUUGGCAACAGACAUCGUCGAGACGUCUGUCACCCUACCUGAUGUUAGGUAUGUGAUUGACACGGGCAAAACCAAUCGUAGGGUCUAUGAUCCGCAGGCGAGAUUCAGCCGGCCACUUUGUCAGUGGGUUAGCCAGUCCAACCUUGCCCGACGUGCUGGUUGGGCAGAACGGGUACAGGGUGGUGGAUACUUUGCUUUGUAUCCGCGCAGCCUGCUGCCUCUUUUCCAUGCCAAUCCACCUUCGGAGAUAUCCCAUGAUGGCCUCCAAAAUGCUUGUUUGAUUGCGAAAAAGGCAGACCCUAGCACACAGGUUGAAGUCAUCAUGGAGCAGUUGAUUGAACCACCAGGUAAAGCUCGCGUCAACGAAGCAAUCCAGAAUUUACAAUACCUACGAGCUAUGAAUUUGCGCAAUCAUCCUACAGUGCUCGGUGAUAUUCUGUCUGAAAUACCAUUGGACCCUUGCCAUGGCAAGCUGAUCUUGCUGGGCGUCAUUUUCCGCUGUCUAGACCCUCUCAUUAUCCUUGCAGCUCUGGGAGGCGACUUGGCCUUGUUCCAUACGUCGCGUGGCAUUGGGCGGCGCGCGGCAUCGAGGGAUUGGCGCAUUAAGUAUUCCGAGAACAGCUGGAGCGACCACAUCAGCGCGAUUAACGCCUUCAAGUCCUUACGUAAGGUGUGGUACCAGCAGGGAAUUCCAGAAACCUUGGCGCGUGCCUUUGGCCGUAGUAUCAACUACGAUCGAUUCCGGGAAGUGCUGGACACGGCACAGGAGACACACAGGAUCCUUGUUCGCGCGGGAAUCAUCCCUCAACAUUUUUACACCGACGAUGCCCAAUUCCGAUUUGGCGGUCCCGAGAUGAACGUGAAUUCACAUCACGUCGCCCUGAUCAAGGCCUUGAUUCUUCAAUCCACAUAUCCCAAUCUCGCUGCGCCGGUGCGGCAUGACGACUCACUCUACCGCACCAGGCGUCACAACAAGAGCUUCCCUCAUGGAUUUGGGGUGAACAGCAUCACACCACUGCGGUGCAUGCUCACUUACAACAAAGACUAUACGGAACGUUUCAUUGCGGACAGAGUCAUUCUGGGUAACACCAGCCAUCUCACCCCGUUGGCGGCAUGUCUAUUCGGGGGACGACUCCGGGGGACCAGCAAUACAUUGUGUAUGGAUGAAUGGUUGGAAUUCAGUAUUCGAAUAAGUGAGGGCUCUGAGGAGGAUAGUGAGCAGGCUGCUAAGGAGCUGAUCGAGUUCCGUAAAGCACUUGGUAAGGCGACCAUUACGGCCUUCAAAGCACUCACUAUCCCAUAUAGGAACGUAGUUCAGAAUUCUCCGCCUCCGAAAUCCAACGUAAUCCGGGAUUUCAUUCUGGAUACUGUUUCGAAGAGCGUCGUAGACGUUCUUGAUCGAGAUGAUGAGAAGGUCCCCAUUGCUGCGCAUGCACAGCCUGGCCAUUGA